GCACACGCACGUCACGCACACAAAUGUGUGUAAAUAGAUAGCGCAAAACGGAAUCCAAAAUCCUAAUCGACAAUCGCAACACGAUAAUUUGUAAUAAUUGCCACCGACGGAGAAGGCGAUUUACGAACAUUGCAAUAGUUGGUAUUCACUGUCAAAUGUAGUCGCCGCAAAAAAAUAUCGUCAUCAUUGUUGUACAUUGUUAAUUUACUUUACGAUAUUAAACAACGGUCGCAGAGCUGAAGUCGUCGUCGUCCGUGUGUAGCCACUUGCUGUUCGCGCGGAGUUCCGAUCUAACGUACCGUCGUUCGUGCUCCGCGUACACGUACGAGUGCACGACCAGUGUAGACGUUGACACCCGCCGACGUGUUUUCGUACAGUCUUCCGUCCUCCCGGGAAACAAGAGAUUUCCACGUCCCUUCACCAUUAUCAGCGUGACGGAACGGAGAUAAUACGAUUUAGGUAGCGCGCGGUGCGUGUGAAUUUCGUGUACAGGAAUGUUGUGAUAUUGUUAUUUCGAGUGGUUGGUGGUCGGAUACGGUGUUUUGCUUACGUGAUUAGAUUUUUUUUGCUAUUCUCUUCUCCUUCCUGGCGACCAGUAAACCUUGGGCUACAUACCCGUAUUGACGAACCGUGUCAAGUUCGUAUGUGCUGAACGUUUUUCAAGUUUCCGACUAGAAUCUUGGCUUCACCAUGGAACACAGAUUCAACUAUUUCCAGCAAAACCCCAACUCCCUUGUUAAUGGACAGUCGGCGUUCAACCGACCGUCUGCUGAUGGGAUUCAGUCGACCAAUAAUUACUCUGGAAGCAUACCAUCCACUUCUUCUUCAGAUCAAUCAACAUUUCAUGAGAAAAUGCAUUCAAAUCCUAAUACGGUUCCAUUAAUGAAUAAUCAUUUAUACCAAAUGGAUUCUGGUAAUCAACCACCACGCUCAUCUGGGCCACCUAGGACUAAUGCUAAAGGAAUUUAUGAAAAUUCUCAGUCUUCAAUUCCAAAUGUUUUAAGCCUUACUCAAUCUAAUAACGCUGAAAACUAUACAAUAAAUCCAGACUUUCAGUUACAACCUCAUCUUACUGCUUUGUUACCACAACAAUCUAAAAGAGUUCCAGAACUUUAUCCAGUAGAUAAAUACAAUACUAGUAAAGGAUCCAUAGCAGAAAAUAUGAAUACAAAUUAUUUUUCUUCAAAUAAACCUUAUCCUGAACCCAAAAUUAUUGAGUAUGAUUUAGAAGAAACAUCUACUGAAAGUUCACCACAACAUACUUCUUCAUUAUACUCUGAAAGUACAGAUCAGGAUUCAGAAAGUAUACAUGCAAAUAAUAUAUUUCCUAGGCAUAUGUUGAGUAAAAGUACUGAAUGUCAUGUAACAAAGGAAUCAAAAACAAUUUCAACCCCAAAUCAAGAGUUUCCUGUACCUAGCCAAUUUGCUGAUUUCAAUCUUAAGAAGGAUGAUAGUGUUGAUGAUCACCAACAUUCUAUUUUACAUAGUGCUUAUAAUCAAGAUGAUGACAUUAUUGAAGACAUUCCUUUAUUUGACAACAUCAAUCCAAAUGAAAGAGAACCAGGCUUAGAAAAUCAAGAAAAUAUUGAAUCUCGUUUUAAUGAACAAAAUUCAAACAUACCAAUAGCUCAAACAUUUGAUUCUUAUGCUACUAAAAAAGAUUUUGAACAGACAAAAUUUAACUAUGAAAAUAAACAAGGUUCAUCUUCUGUUUAUGGUAGUAUGACCAACUAUUUGUCUUAUAAUGUUGAUAAAUCUUCAAAUGCUCAAAAUUCUUCUCAGUUUAAUAAAGGGUUGUAUUUUAAUCAAGCAAACACUUUGACUCAGUCUAGUUCAUCAAAUAGUUCAAUUUUACAGCAAUCACAAAGAAAACCAAUAUUCCCUUAUAGCAAUACUGAACUAUUUAAUUAUCAAGAAUCAUCAACUAAUCAAAAUUUUAAUGAUGAUUUUAAUGCAGAAAAUUUUAAUCAACAAAUUAAACACAUUCAACCAGAUAUUCAAAAAUCAAAUGUUCCCCCAGUUGAUUCUUUAUUACAGUACAAUAUUAAUAGUAAAACGCCAGAUAAAAUAGUUCCUGAAAAUGAUAAUAUAAAAACUUCAAGUGCUGAUACAUUAAAAUACCAGACUAUGAAUUCUUCUGCUACUAGUAUGUAUAAUCAACACAGUGAACAGGGUAUUGAAUCAAUUAACCAGCAAUCAAUUUAUAAUUCAUCAAAACCACCUGUAUCUGAAUUGUUAAAUAAUAGUCAACCUACAGCUAGCAAAGAGUUUAUAGCUCACGAUUCAUCAUUAAUAUCUACUCAGUCAUUUAGUCCUGUGUCUUCAGCUACCAUUGCAGCUCCUUUAAGUUCAUUUUCUGCAUCUGAAGCAAAAGUUCAUGAUAACCAAAAUACACAAUAUAAAAAUUCUGAUGAUCAGACUAAUAGUUUAUUAAAUUUAUCUAAUAUUGCUAAAAAUAGUUCAAUUGAUUUAUUAAAUCAAGAUUCAACAAAAGUUGUACAAUCAGAGAUUGAUACUAAACUUUCACAAUCUCCAAUUAGUAGCUUACUUGAAAAUCAACAUGAAACAACAGUUGAUCGAACUAAACCCAUAAAUAUGAAGCUCGAUGAAAGUCAACACGAUGAAGUAAAAUCAAUGUCUCCAUCAUCUAUUAAAAAUGUUACUCAGUCUCAUGAUUUAUUUAAUCCUAAAAAUAUGACUUCUCAAUUAGAGUCAAAAAAUCAAUUUACAUCUCAACAAUCUACAAAUGAUGAUAUAAAAACUUCAUAUGACCAAUUUUCAAAAAAUGUUGGAUCCCAAUCAAUUAAUAACCAAAAUGUGACUGUAAAUCAAUCUAUAUCAACUACAGGUCACAGUGUUAGUAAUUAUUUCGAUUCAUCAAAUGUAAAUAAUACAUUUUUAUAUAAUCAACAGUCGUGUAAUUUACAAUCUAGUAAUCAAUUACAAAAUAUGCAAAGACAAGAUCAACCAAUUGUUUCAAUUAAUCCUACUUCAGACAAAUCAAAUAAUUAUACAGCAUUUUCUAAUGCACAAAAUGCCUUGUCUUCAAAUCAGCAUUCAUUGUUGACAAAAGAUGAAUUCGAAAUAGCUGAAAGCUCAAAAUUAAAUUCUGAUGUGUCGUCAAAGGAAACCUUACAUUCUUCAGAAUCUCUUAUGACUCAAUCAAAUGAUUUAAAUUUUGAGUCAUUAGAAAAUGCUGAAAUUGUAACCCCUAAUGAUCAGUUUUCCAAUAUGACCAUUGAUAAGCAACAAAAUAUGUCUGAUAAUAAAAUACAUACUCAUGAACAAUCAAUACCUACAUCUUAUUUUUCUAAAGACAUAUCUCUUGAUAAAGAAGAACAUUCUAUUGCAUUUAAAAACUUUUCUAAUACGUUUCAAGACAAUAAUAGUUCAGCAAUUAAAUUAGAAGUUGUAAAUAAAUCUCAAAUGUUACAAAGUGAACAAACAAACUUAAAAAUGCAAUCUUUAAAUUCAGAUAUACCAACAAACCAAGAGAUUUCUCCACAAUCAAACAGUAAUCAAAUAGUACCAAAUAAUAAGAUAGUUGGUCAACUAGAAGGAAACCAAUUUCCUCCACAACAUUUUAGUAAUAAAGUAACAUCAAAUGAAAUUUUAUCAUCAUCUAAUCAGUUACCAUCACAAAUAUUUAACAACCAACCAAAGUUAAAUACUAUACAACCUCUUCAGUCAGUGUCAAAUGCAUAUACGACACAACCAUUUAAUAAUCAACCAAUAUUAAAUACUGUUUCUUCACCAUCUAAUCAGUUACCACCAAAUAUGUUUGAUAAUCAAUCAAAACCAAAUACUACACAGCCUCUUCAGUCUGCAUCAAAUUUGUAUACAACACAAUCAUUUAAUAAUCAACCAACAUUAAAUACUGUUUCUUCGGCAUCUAAUCAAUUACCACCAAAAAUGUUUGAUAAUCAACCAAAACCAGAUACUGUACAGCCUCUUCAGUCUACAUCAAAUUUGUAUACAACACGACAAUUUGAUAAUCAACAAACCCCAACAACAAUUCCAUCAGUGUCAAAUCAAUUUCCACCACAAAUGCUUAAUAAUCAACCAAUAUCGAAUACUGUACCCUCUCAAUUUGCAUCAAGUUCAUAUCCAACACCAACUGCUUCAACAGCCACUAAUUUGACACCAGCAAUGUUUAGUAAUCAACCAAUAUCGAAUACUGUACCCUCUCAAUUUGCAUCAAGUUCAUAUCCAACACCAACUGCUUCAACAGCCACUAAUUUGACACCAGCAAUGUUUAGUAAUCAACCAAUAUCGAGUGCUGUACCUCCUCCACAAUUUAUAUCGAGUUCAUACCCAACAUCAAUUGUUUCAACGGCCACUAAUUUAACACCAGCAAUGUUUAGUAAUCAACCAAUAUCAAAUACUGUACCGCCCUCUCAAUUUAUAUCAAGUUCAUAUUCAACAUCAACUGCUUCAACAGUCACUAAUCAAUUGCCACCAGCAUUAUUUAGUAAUCAAUCAACAUCAAAUACUGCUCAACCUCUUCAGUCUGCAUCAAAUUUGUAUCCAACACAAGUGUUUAAUAACCAGUCAAAACCAGUCACUGUUCCAUCAAUGGGAAUUAACCAAUUUCCUCCACAAAAUUUAGAUAAUCAACCAAAAUCAAUGAUUAUGUCACAUAAUCAAACUGUAGCAAAGACGCCUGUAAAUCAAUCCACACUUAGUUCAGCAUGGCCUUCAUCAGCUACCAAUCAAUUUCAACCACAAAUAUUUAAUGGUCAAAUUAAAUCAGAUGUCUCUUCUUUUCAAACAUUGUCUAAUCAGUAUACAUCACAACCAUUCAAUAACAAGACAAUGUCUAAUAUGGUUCCACCUGUUCCUUCAGCAGCAAGUCAGUUACCUUCUCAAAGCUUAAGUAAUCAACCUAAAUCAAAUGUUGGUUUUAUUCAAUCAACAACUGGUCAGAAUUCAUUCCAGCCGUUUAAUAACCAACAUACACCUACUGCUGUUUCAUCAGCUAUUAACCAAUUACCAACACAGCUGUUCAGUAAUCAACCUAAAUCAAAUGUUGUCGCUCCUCUUCAAACAACAGCAAUCCAGCAUAAUUUACAAGCACUCAAUAAUCAACAAACAUCAAAUUUUAUUCCACCAGUUCCAUCUACUACAAAUCAGUUUUCUUCUCAAAUAUUUACUAAUCAACCUAAAUUAGAUAGUGCUUCAUCAAAUAAGUUAACAACCAGUCAAUAUCAGUCUCAACCACUUAUUAAUCAAUCUUUAUCAUCGAGUGUUCCACCAAUUCAACAAGCAACUAAUCAGUAUCCAUCACAGCCGUUUAGUCAUCAAUCCAAACCAAGCAAUUUCCCAACUUCUCAAACAGUCAAGAAUCAAUAUCCUUCACAGCCAUUUACUAAACAACCUGGUCAACAAGUAUUAUCAAAACAAAAUCUUCAACAGUCUUCAAAUAAUCAGUUUAGUAAUCAAUCAAAUUCAAUUCAACCAGUUCAAAACCAGUGGCCGCCAGCUAAUUUUUCAAGCCAAAAUACUAAUCUUAUGUCUUCACAACCAAUAACCAAUAACUCAUCUUCUAAUAUGUCUACUAUGCCUCCCAGUGUUAAUCAACAAAGUCAAAUGCUUGGUACUCAUAUGCUGCCACCAAAUCCAUUGACUUCUAAUAAUUACUACAAUCAAGUUGAAGGAAUUGGAAAUAUUCAGCAGCCUCAAUCUUCAAAUCAUAAUGUACAGUUAGCAACCAAAGGAUAUCCACCACAAAAUAACAUGGGUUUUUCUAGUCAAACUAAUUAUCAGCAACCAAAUGUUCUUCAGAGACAACAAGACCCGUAUAGACCAGAUCAAAAUCCUUCAGUUUUACAACAAGGUUUUUCUAAGACAUGGGGAUAUGAUAAUCUGGACUUGUUAAAAUCAAGGGAUGUGCUGCCAGGCGAUGGAGUUCAACCACCAGAGAUAAAACUUCCUCAAGGAUAUGCUAAUUGUGAUAACUGUUCUCCAGAUAUAUUCCGAUGUACAUUAAAUAAGUUUCCAGUUUCGAAGAAUUUGCUAGAUAAGAGUCGAUUGCCAUUGGGGAUUUUAAUUCAUCCUUAUAAAGAUCUUUCACGUUUAACUGUGAUACAAUGUGAAACUAUUACAAGAUGUCGAAAUUGUCGUUCUUAUAUAAAUCCAUUUGUUCAAUUUAUUGAUAAUGCUCAUUGGAAAUGUAACUUAUGUUACAGAGUUAAUGAAUUACCUGGGGAGUUUCAAAUUGAUCCAUAUACUAAAACACUUGGUGAUCCAUCAAGAAGGCCAGAAAUACAAAAUGCCACUAUUGAAUACAUAGCUUCACAAGAUUAUAUGGUUAGACCUCCACAACCAGCUUUAUAUCUAUUCCUUUUAGAUGUAUCACGAACUGCAACUUUGACUGGAUACUUAGAAAUAGUUUGUGAUCGAAUUUUAAAUAAAAUUAUGGCAGAUGAUAUACCUGGUGAUUCACGAACUAACAUAGGUUUUAUAACAUAUGAUUCGUCUGUUCAUUUUUAUCAAAUAGCAAAUAGUGAUGGUGGACAGCCAAAACAACUUAUCGUUAGUGAUAUAUCUGAUAUAUUUUUACCAUUGCCUGAUGGUCUUAUGGUGAAUUUGGAGGAAAAUAAGAUGGCUAUAAAAGAUUUGUUGACUAAUUUACCAAAUACUUAUAGAGAGUCUUACAACACUGGUUGUGCCUUAGGAGCUGCACUUCAGGCCGCUUUUAAAAUAUUAGCUCCACGCGGAGGUCGUGUUACAGUGUUCCAAGCUAGUUUACCAAAUUGUGGGCCUGGUAAAUUAGAACCAAGAGAUGAUGGAAACCCCCAUACUGGUGACCGUGUUCAGCAUACGGCUCCAUCUACCGACUUUUAUAAAAAAUUAGCUCUUGAAUGUAGUGGUGAACAGAUUGCUGUUGAUAUGUUUUUCGUAUCCUCGCAAUAUUUAGAUAUUGCCACUAUUUCUGGAAUAUCAAAAUACUCAUCUGGAUGCAUACAUAAUUUCCCCCAAUUUAAUGUUAAAUCUCCAACUAUAGUAACACGCUUUAUAAAUUGUUUUGAUCGAUAUUUAUCUCGUAAAAUUGGUUUUGAAGCUCUUUUGAGACUACGUUGUACACGAGGUGUGGCAAUACACUCUUUUCAUGGAAAUUUCUUUGUUCGCUCCUCUGAUUUGCUUAUGUUGCCCAAUGUUAAUCCAGACAAUGCAUAUGGUAUGCAGUUAUCUAUUGAAGACAGUUUGGAUGGUGUUUCUGUUGUUUGUUUCCAGGCAGCAUUACUUUAUACUUCUAGCAAUGCGGAACGUCGUAUUCGAGUUCAUACACUGUGCAUACCAGUUACUGAAAAUUUAGAUGAUGUUUUUCAUAAUGCUGAUCAACAAGCAAUAACAUGUUUGAUAGCUAAAAUGGCUGUUGACCGAAGUACAGAAAAAUCAUUAUCUGAUGCACGUGAAGCCUUUUUCAAUGCUAUCUCAGAUUCUCUCUCUGCAUACAAACUCGGUUGCUCAUCUUUCAGUGGCCCUGGAACAAUGUUAUCACCAUUGUCAUUAAAAGUAUUUCCAUUGUAUAUUCUUGCUACAUUAAAACAUGCGGCAUUUAGAACUAAUCAACCUACUCGACUUGAUGAACGUAUGUUUAGUAUGUGCCAAAUGAAAAGUUUACCAUUAAACAAUCUGAUUCAAUAUAUAUAUCCAGAUUUAUAUCCUAUCUAUGCUUUAGAAGAACAGCCAAAAAUAGAUUAUGAAAAGUUGACUGAAAUUCCUCUUCCACCAGUUAUACAAUUGUCUGCAGAACGUGUUGAAUCCAAUGGUGUCUAUUUAAUGGAUGACAGUGAAACAUUAACAAUAUUUAUCGGACAUAGAUGUUCAGAUAAACUUAUACAACAGUUAUUUGGUUAUGUCAAUGUCAAUUCAAUGCCAGAACUAGUUACAACACUUGCUGAAGUGGACUCCAGACCAUCAUAUUUGUUACGUAGUUUUAUUUCAUAUCUUCAACAUUUUAAGCCAUACCCAUUACCAAUAGAAAUAAUAAAGGACAAUGGACCACAUAAACUACGUUUUUACAGUCGGCUUGUCGAAGAUAAAUUUGAAUCUUCAUUAUCUUAUUAUGAAUUUUUACAGCGGCUUAGUCAGCAAGUUCGAUAAUGGAGUAUUAUUAAAAAUAAUUGAAAUAAAAUAUCAAUACUUAAUAAACACCUAUUAAAUGUUUUUUUAUUCUUUUAUAAAUAUUUAUUCGAAGGGAAUAAUAUAAGUUAAGUUUGUAUAUUGUAUAAUCCAUGAAUUAUUUGUUAUUUUCCUUUAUUGAGUUUUAAAAAUAGAUAUGAUAUUAUUGGAUUUAUAAUUAGUUGUUUUCUUUGUUGUAUAUAAAUUAAAAUUUAAUGAAAUUUAAAUAUACUGUACAAUGAAUUUUAAUGUUAAGUAGUAUCUACACAAUUAAAAUAUUAUUUAAACAUUGUUUUAACUUUUAAGUGGUUAUUGACCAGCUAUAUGUCUGGUAUUAUUUAUUUGUAAAAUUGUUUUAUUAAAAAUAUGUUUAUUCUA